AUGUCGCAUAACCCUAACCCAAAUGCUGAUACAUCAGGUUUCAAUUAUCCAAGUGCUGCUGGAGUACCAACGAAUACCGAUCAAACACAUAUAGGCAUUGUACCAACAGCAAAUUCAUCUACCACAGAAUCAUCAUCAUCAGUACCGAUAACAACAACACAUUCAACCUUGAAUAAUCGUAUAGGACCAGCUAUUGAUCGACAUCAAGGACAAUUAUAUGAUGAACAUGGUGGUGCUGGAACGAGAGCAGAUGAUCGUAAAGGUGAAAAUGUUCACAAUGAUGGUUAUACAGCAACACCUGUCGCUACAAAAGAUCAUGAAUGA